GUUCAGAAACGCUGGCCAACUUUAGUUAGUAUCACGUGCUCAUUGUUUAUUCCAGAUCACAUGAUUAAACAAAAUGUCGUCCUUUGUAAACUUUAUAUUGUGUAUUGCUAUUAUUUUGUGUUUUAAUGUGGCAAAAAUCUGUGGAGAGAGAAGUUUUCAGAUAGAUUACUUGAACAAUACUUUUCUAAAAGAUGGUGUUCCAUAUCGUUAUGUAUCAGGCAGCAUGCACUACUCUCGAGUGCACCCUAGCUAUUGGAAAGAUCGUUUAAUCAAAAUGAAAUUUGCUGGAUUAAAUGCAGUGCAGGGAUAUGUACCAUGGAAUGUUCAUGAGUUGACACCAGGUAACUUCACUUGGGAAGGAUCCUCAAAUCUUACCCAGUUUCUGGAGAUAGCUCAAGAAGUGGGAAUAGAUGUUCUACUUAGACUUGGACCUUAUAUUUGUGGUGAAUGGGAGUUUGGUGGAUUUCCUGCUUGGUUGUUAACAAAAGAUGCCAACAUGGUGCUACGAACUAGUGAUCCUUCUUACAUCAGAUGGGUUGACAGAUGGUACACUGAAUUGUUAACUAAAAUCAAACCAUAUUUGUACAACAAUGGUGGUCCUGUGCUUAUGGUGCAAAUAGAGAAUGAAUAUGGCAGCUAUUUUGCUUGUGACUAUGACUAUCUACACUAUCUCCGUGACAAAGUUAAGUCCAUUUUGGGACCUAAUGUUGUGAUUUACUCUACGGAUGGUGGAGCAGACUAUUAUUUAAAGUGUGGCAAAAUCGAUGGUGUAUAUGCUACUAUAGACUUUGGAGCUACAAAUGAUCCAGUAGGAGCUUUUCAAUCUCAAAGAGAUUAUGAACCUUAUGGUCCUCUUGUAAAUUCAGAAUUUUAUGUAGGUUGGCUAGAUCAUUGGGGCACACCCCAUGAGAUGGUAGACUCCACUCCACUUGCCAAAAGUCUAGAUAAAUUAUUGGCGUAUGGGGCCAAUAUUAACAUGUACAUGUUUGUCGGAGGCACUAACUUUGGUUUUUAUAAUGGAGCUAAUAGUCCACCCUAUCAACCUGUACCUACUAGCUAUGAUUAUGAUUCCCCAAUAAGUGAAGGAGGUGAAAUGACUGAUAAGUUUUUAGCAUUGAGAGAUAUUAUAUCAAAGUAUUUGCCCUUACCAUCAGAGCCAAUACCAGCAAACCCAAACAUCACAAAUCUGGGAGAAAUUCCAAUAGAAUUUUUAUGUACCAUACAAGAUGCUCUGCCAUAUUUAACUCCUGAAGGACCAUAUAGAACCGUCUUUCCAGUAACAAUGGAAGAAAUUAAUUUCUAUGAAGGUUUCAUUUUGUACAGAUUUACUUUGAUCAAAAACUAUUACACGCCAACACCAUUAGUUGUACCUGGCAUCAGGGAUAGAGGUGUUGUUAUGGUCAAUGCUGUACCAUUUGGUAUACUGGAUAGAGUUGGCACAACACAAGUAUCUAUAACUGGUACCAUAGGGCAACAGGUAGACAUCUUAGUGGAGAAUCAGGGCAGGGUAGGCUACUCAACUGCAAUGAACUUCAACACCAAGGGCAUCAUUGAAAAUGUCACUUUAGGAAAUGAUUUAGUCAUGAGCUGGGAAAUCUAUCCAAUACAUGCAGAAAAUAUUAAUGUUGCUUUAAUAGCAGCAAUGAAGAAAAGAACCACUGUAAAUAAACCAUCAAAGUCUGUUAACUCUAACUUGAUGACGCCAUCUAUCUACACUGGUAGUUUAACAUUCCCAGACUCCCCAACUGAUGCAUUCCUUGAUCCUCGACCAUGGAUUAAGGGCCAAGCCUUUUUAAACAGUUUCAACUUAGGACGCUACUGGCCUUACAGAGGUCCACAAGUUACUCUCUACAUUCCAAAAUAUGUUUUUAACAGCCCUCCAGCAUUAAACCAUAUCUUACUUUUAGAACUAGAAAGCUCCCCAUGUUUCAUGUCUCAGUCUCAAGCUAAUUGUUAUGUGACUCUUACUGACACAGCUUAUUUAAAUGGGCCCAAUGGACCAGGACACACACUCAAGUUACCACAAGGUUAUAAUGAUCCUAACUCUCAUUUAGUUCAUUAAUAUAACAAAGUAAAGAUUAUAUUCUACUGAUUUUAUCUUAAACUUAGUGCAGCUGUAAAAAAAUAACAUGGGUAAGAGAUGCCACUUUUAUGCAAUUUACCAGAAUUAAUAGAUUUCACUUUUAAAAAUCCAUAUAAGGGGAUUAUUUCUUGAUUAAAGUUUUAACUACUAAGAAGAAUAGAACAAAUGAUUUUAAUAGCAUAUUGCAUCAGUGUGAUAAUCCUAAUUAUUUAUAUUGUAUGCCUUUUCUCAGGCAAUAAAAUCUUGUGUACUGUUAGGGUUUGGCUUACUACUUUAUGAUUGAGAUACACAUAGAUGUGUGUUUUCUGUGACACAGUUCAUACUCAGAUAGGACACUUGAUGAAAAUUUUUAUAAUUUUUUAUUUUUUUUUGCUUUAUUUCUUAUAUUGCAAAUUUUGUGACAAUUAUCUAAUGUAUCACAAUGACUUAAGCUGUGUAAUUAAUGACAUUGAAGGUUUUCAUUAUUAUUUUUAUUAGUAAUUCACUGAUUGACUUUUUUUUUAAAGGUCUUUUUAAUCAAAUUUUAAUAAUUUGUAAAAAUUAUAGUUUGAUUUUUUGACAUUAAUAAAAAUCUCAUUUCAUGUGUAGGCUUCUAUUAAUGCUCAACAUCCAUUAUUUCCUAAAGACAUCUAAGGGAGCUUCAUUCGUAAGCUGCAUGAAUUAUUUAAACAAAUCAAAAUUUUUACUAAUUAAAUUUAAAUUUCCAGAAACAUCUAUAUAGUAUAUGAACUAAAAAAAUUAUGCCCUUAAUAUAUAUUUAUAUAUACAUUAAAUGUACAUGUGUAAUAUAAAAUGUGAUUUGAUUUACACACUAUAGUAUUAUUUUUCUUAGAGUUUACCUAACAUGUAUAAUAAGUAUGUGAAUUUUCAUUAUGAAUUAUUUUUUUUUACAAAGCUUAUAUCAACUCAAUCUGUCUGUCUGGUAAAAAGUUUGUACACAUUAUUUCUGACUCCCAAUUUCAGAGCAAGCUGAAAUCUUUGCACAAUUAUUUCUUUUACCCAACAACACAAGAAUCAUCUUUAAAAAAAUAAACAAUUUGUUAAUUAACUAUUGGUAAUUUAUUAUUUUGUUUGGUAUCUUGAACAAGGGAAAGAAAUUGUACUUUUUUGAAAUGGUGCUAAAAGCUGAAUUAGUCUCUUUAAACUAAGUUUGAAAUAAACAAUACAUAACCAUACAAUAUUCUUCAAUUAUACGUAGCUCACUAGCAGAGUGGCUAGAGCGUCUGCUAGAAAAGGUGAGAGAUAUUAGUUCGGAUUUUUUUUUUUUAAUUUUAAAAAAGUAAUAAUGAUAAAAUUCACUCUGAUAUCCCUUUCUUCCUUCCCCUUUUGGUGACCGGUCAUUUCAUCCCCAAUUAAAUAUUUUUCUUUUUUCAUUGUUUAAUUGUGCUGUUAAGACUUUGACUUUAAGCCCUCAUUUCAUCUAAUAUAUAAAUAUAAUUCUGUAGAAUGAUUUUUAAUAUUUUUUUACAUGUUGCUAAUAACUUUAUUGUGUUUCCUCUUCCACUUUGCAUUUUUGAUGAGAAAUCUUAUAAUAUAUUGUAAAUCUGGGUGUAGCUAUAGCCCUUCUACUGGAUGUGGGGGAUGUAAUAUUAUAAUAUUAUCCUGUCAUGCGCAUGACGUAAUGAUCAAAGGCCAAGGUUUGGUGUAAGUAGUGAAAAUCAUUUGAGAUAUAGAACUGCAAUUACAAUCAUUAUGACUAUGCUGCUGAUAACUUAUCAAAGGCCAAGGUGUGGUGGAAGUACGACCAUGUUUUACUUUAUUUUAUUUUUCAAUCGAUCUUUCUUAAAAUUCGGCGUGUCACAUUUAGCCUUGAAAUAAAGUGUUGUUGUUUUUUU